AUGAAACGUUGUGCCGGAGUUUUCAAGCUUUUGCGUCGUGGAGCACACACCGUUCCAAAGCACCUCGAAUGUAUACCGAACGAACGGGAUCCGCCAUUUUCGAAAAUGGUCGAAUAUUGUUUCCACAAAGCCUGCAUCGUACUCGAACCGCAGCUGAUCGAAUCGAUGAACAAGUACCCGCAGAUGACCCCCGAAAAACGAGCCAGCCGAGUGCAAGCCAUAUUGAGUAUUAUCUCCAACAACUCUAGCACGCUGCAAUUCCAGUUUCCGUUCAUGCGUGAUGAUGGCCGAUAUGAAAUAGUUACCGCGUUCCGGGCCCACCACUGUCUUCAUCGACUUCCGGUGAAGGGAGGUAUCCGAUACUCGCUGGAUGUGUGCAAAGACGAAGUGGAGGCACUCUCGGCGCUGAUGACGUUCAAAUGCGCCUGUGUGAACGUCCCAUUCGGAGGUGCCAAAGGAGGCAUUAUCAUCGAUCCGGCCAAGUACAGCGAAAAGGAGCUGCAAGGCAUCACCCGACGCUACACGGUCGAGCUGGCGAAAAAGAACUUCAUUGGGCCUGGUAUUGAUGUGCCAGCACCGGACAUGGGGACCACAGCGCGCGAGAUGUCCUGGAUCGCGGAUCAGUAUGGGAAAACAUUCGGGCAUCGUGAUAUCAACACGAUGGCCGUCGUGACCGGAAAACCAUUGAAUCAGGGCGGUGUUCGCGGCCGUACGGAAGCUACCGGAAAGGGCGUUUAUAUCGCAACCAACUGUUUCACCAGGGAAGCAAGUUGGAUGCGCGAAAUCGGACUCGAGCCGGGGCUGGAAGGCAAGUCGGUCAUCGUUCAAGGCUUUGGAAACGUUGGCCAGUAUGCAGCUGAGCACUUCCACAAAGCGGGCUGCAAAGUAGUUGGAAUAAUCGAGAAAGAUGUAUCUCUUCACUGUAAGUCAGGAAUAGACAUAAAAGCGCUCAGUCGCUACAAAACGCAACAGAAAACUAUCAAGGGCUAUCCCAAAGCCAACGAGUACAAUGGCGAUCUGUUGCUGGAGGAAUGCGACAUUCUUAUACCGGCGGCAUUGGAAAAAACGAUCACCUCCGAGAACGCGAAGAACAUAAAAGCAAAGAUUAUUGCGGAGGGAGCUAACGGACCAACCACUCCGGCGGCAGAUAAGAUCCUCCAAGAACGCCGUAUCCUUGUCAUCCCAGAUCUGUACUGCAAUGCAGGAGGAGUUACAGCGUCAUACUUUGAGUACCUAAAAAACAUAAACCACAUCUCCUUCGGCAAGCUUUCGUUCCGUCAUGAGGCACAGAACCUGCGAGAGGUGUUGGCAUCGGUACAAGAAUCAUUGCGAAGUGCCGGGGUUUGUGUUACGGUAACGCCGAGUAAGCAUCUAAAGCACUAUUUCGAACACGCCAGUGAAGCGGACGUUGUUACUUCCGGAUUGCAAUUUGUGCUUGAGACUGCCGGGAAAGGUAUCAUGAAUGUUGCUGCUCAGCAUCAGUUAUGUUUGGACCUUCGCACUGCUGCUUACAUUUGGUCGGUGGAGAAAAUUUUCAAAUCAUACGAGGAAGCAGGACUUGCUAUGUGA